AUGGAGUCGGCCGCCAAGAUCCCCAAGUUUGAUCCCCUCCUAUCGUGUCCUCCCGCCACGGUCCGGCGAUUACUUGGGCUGAGUUCCCGGGAAGAGAACACCAUGCGGAUCGCGGUGAGGCAGGCGUACAUGAAGGACAUGGCUGGUUCGGAGGAGAACUACAACGAGCCAUGGAGAGAGCUUCUGAGGACUAAGCAACAGCUUACAGCAAACAUGACGGCGAAAGCCGCCGAGAGGAUCCAAAAUCUAAUCUGA